AUGAAGAACGGUCAGAUCAAGGUCUGCGUAGACUUUUGCAACCUGAAUAAGGCAUGCCCGAAAGAUAAGUUUCCAUUGCCCCAUGUUGACACACUUGUUGAUUCUACAACGGGCCAUCAGAUGUCCUCCUUCAUAGAUGGGAUCAGUGGUUAUAACCAGAUCAAAAUGGCACUAGAAGAUGCAGAAAAUACGGCUUUCAGAAAGCCCUUGGGAAAUUUUUUCUAUAGGGUGAUGCCUUUCAAUUUGAAAAACGCGGGGGCAACCUACCAACGGGCUAUGACUGCAGUGUUCCAUGACAUGUUGCAUCAUGAAGUGGAAGUAUAUGUGGAUGAUCUGGUGGUCAAGUCUACUGAGGUUGUGACCCGGAGUGAUCCAGUCCGCUACUUGCUGAGCAAGCCUACUCGGACUGGAAGAAUGGCAAGAUGGCUCUUGGCUAUAGUAGAAUAUGACAUCACUUAUGUUACUCUGAAGGUAAUUAAGAGCCAAGCACUUGCAGACAAACUGGCCCAAUUCCUAUGUGGUAAACAUGAACCUGCAGAGGUACCCCUACCACGUGAGGUCCAUGUCUCAGUAGUUGCAAUCAUGUCUUAUUGGGACUUAAAAUUUGAUGGAGCUUCCGGAGCUGAGAAAGGUGGAGCUGGCAUAACACUAACCGGUCAAGCAGGAGAGAAGUUUCAUCUAUCAUAUAAGCUUGACUUUGAAUGUUCGAACAACAAGGCUAAAUAUGAGGCGUUGAUACUGGGUCUAAUAGCUGCCCAAAAGAAGGGCCUCCACAAGUUAAAAAUUUAG